UCCCCUGUGCAGCAGCAACAGCAGCAGGCGGCUCCUUGCUACUAGUCAGCCUGCUUGUUUGAUAUGCAUGAGCACUGCUGCUCUACAAGAGGGGAGGCAGCCUUCUGGAGGGUGAUCAUCAGAUGUCGGAGGUCAUAUAUUGAACUUGUGGGGGGUUGGGAGGGGGGGUAAGACACCACUUGUACUUGUCGUACCUGAAGAGAGGAUCGGCUCCUGGCUACCAUCAUGAUGGGAAACUGAGGGAACAGACCGAAGCAACUCUUUUCACAAACUGGGUUCACACAUGCACACUUAUUUGUUUUUGACGGAAGUGGGAUUUAAAAAAACUAAGCAACAACAACAACAACAACACACAGAAACAGAAGGGGGGUCAUGAAUCAGCCGGAUGCACCCCGGCCUUUGAACUGGACCAUUCGGAAGCUGUGCCAUGCGGCUUUUCUCCCAUCGGUCCGACUCCUUAAGGCACAGAAAUCCUGGAUAGAGAGAGCAUUUUGCAAGCGGGAAUGUGUUCAUAUCAUAGUUAGCACUAAAGAUCAUCAUCGGUGCUGCUGUGGUCGUCUUAUAGGUCAACAUGUCGGACUGCCUCCUAGCAUCUCAACAAGUCAGAAUGAGAAAGGUGAAGCAAGACUUACCAAAAAUGACAAUCAGUCGGAGAAGUGGUCAAUUAGCAAACAUACUCAACUCAGCCCCACUGAUGCCUUUGGGACCAUCGAGUUUCAAGGAGGGGGACACUCCAACAAAGCUAUGUAUGUACGUGUUUCUUAUGACACAAAGCCUGACCUUCUUCUGCACUUGAUGACAAAAGAGUGGCAGCUGGAUCUUCCCAAACUUUUGAUUUCUGUUCAUGGUGGUCUCCAGAACUUUGAACUUCAGCCAAAGCUCAAGCAAGUGUUUGGCAAGGGUCUAAUAAAAGCUGCCAUGACAACUGGGGCAUGGAUCUUCACUGGAGGAGUUAAUACAGGAGUAAUUCGUCAUGUUGGGGAUGCAUUAAAAGACCAUGCAUCUAAAUCAAGGGGGAAAAUUUGCACCAUUGGCCUUGCUCCUUGGGGUAUAGUGGAAAACCAAGAAGACCUCAUUGGAAAAGAUGUAGUGAGACCUUACCAGACCAUGUCGAACCCAUUGAGCAAGCUGACUGUUUUAAACAGUAUGCACUCUCACUUCAUACUCGCAGACAAUGGAACAACAGGAAAGUACGGCGCUGAGGUCAAGUUGCGCAGGCAGCUAGAGAAGCACAUAUCUCUGCAGAAGAUUAACACCAGAAUUGGACAAGGGGUUCCAGUGGUUGCUCUCAUUGUUGAAGGAGGACCUAACGUGAUCUCCAUUGUUCUCGAGUAUCUAAGAGACACUCCUCCUGUGCCUGUGGUCGUGUGUGAUGGCAGUGGAAGGGCUUCAGACAUCUUGGCCUUUGGGCAUAAAUAUUCAGAAGAAGGAGGUGUCAUCAAUGAAUCUUUGAGGGACCAACUCCUGGUUACAAUCCAAAAGACUUUUAAUUAUAGCCGCACACAGGCUCAGCACCUCUUUAUCAUACUGAUGGAGUGCAUGAAGAAGAAAGAGCUGAUCACUGUAUUUAGAAUGGGGUCUGAAGGACAUCAAGACAUUGAUUUAGCUAUCCUGACUGCACUUCUUAAAGGUGCCAAUGCAUCAGCUCCUGACCAGCUAAGUUUAGCUUUGGCCUGGAACAGAGUCGACAUUGCACGGAGUCAGAUCUUUAUUUAUGGGCAACAGUGGCCGGUUGGGUCCCUGGAGCAGUCAAUGCUGGAUGCCUUAGUGUUAGACAGAGUGGAUUUUGUCAAGCUGCUAAUAGAGAAUGGAGUCAGCAUGCAUCGCUUUCUCACCAUCUCCAGACUUGAGGAACUGUAUAACACGAGACAUGGUCCCUCAAAUACUUUAUAUCAUCUUGUUAGAGAUGUGAAAAAGCAAGAAUAUCCAGGGUUCAGUUGGAUCUAUUUCAAGGGGAACCUUCCUCCAGAUUACCGGAUCAGUCUGAUUGACAUUGGGUUAGUAAUAGAAUACCUGAUGGGUGGAGCCUACCGGUGCAACUAUACAAGAAAAAGAUUUAGAACUUUAUAUCACAAUCUUUUUGGUCCAAAAAGGCCUAAAGCUCUGAAACUACUGGGAAUGGAGGACGACCUGCCUAUGAGGCGAGGAAGGCAAAAAACAACUAAGAAGAAAGAAGAAGAAGUAGACAUAGAUCUGGAUGACCCAGAGAUAAACCACUUUCCAUUUCCUUUCCAUGAGUUGAUGGUAUGGGCAGUGCUGAUGAAGCGGCAGAAGAUGGCACUUUUUUUCUGGCAGCAUGGUGAGGAGGCCAUGGCAAAAGCUUUGGUGGCAUGUAAACUGUGCAAAGCAAUGGCACAUGAGGCUUCAGAAAAUGAUAUGGUGGAUGACAUAUCACAGGAGUUGAACCAUAAUUCCAGAGAGUUUGGGCAGUUGGCAGUAGAGCUGCUUGACCAGUCCUACAAGCAGGAUGAACAAAUGGCCAUGAAGCUCUUGACAUAUGAAUUGAAGAACUGGAGUAAUGCUACAUGCCUUCAACUUGCUGUGGCAGCUAAGCACAGGGAUUUUAUCGCCCAUACCUGUAGCCAGAUGCUCCUCACAGACAUGUGGAUGGGAAGACUGCGCAUGAGGAAAAAUUCUGGAUUGAAGGUGAUUCUUGGCUUGCUUCUUCCUCCAUCUAUCCUGAGCUUGGAGUUCAAGAACAAGGAUGAGAUGUCUUACAUGCCACAGGAUCAGGAGGCUUACCUCCAGGAGAAGGAAACAGAAGAGGCAGAGAAACCAGUGAAAGAGAAGGAAGACGAUGACAUGGAGUUCACAGUAAGAUCAUACUGUGGGACGAAGUACAACUCUGUGGCAAUGCUGGGAAAAGUAAAUAAAGAAUCUUCUAGAAAAAAAGAUGUAGAUGAAGUACAGAAUCGACAUAGGCUAAUACCAUUUGGAAGAAAAAUCUAUGAAUUUUACAAUGCACCAAUUGUGAAGUUUUGGUUUCACACUAUGGCUUAUGUUGGCUAUCUAAUGCUUUUCAACUACAUUGUUUUGGUGAAGAUGGACUUGUGGCCGUCUAUUCAAGAAUGGAUUGUUAUUGCCUACAUUUUUACAACAGGAAUUGAGAAGAUGAGAGAGAUCCUAAUGUCUGAACCUGGAAAGUUGCUGCAGAAAGUCAAAGUGUGGCUUCAAGAGUAUUGGAAUAUCACAGACCUUAUGGCCAUUCUUCUAUUCUCAGUGGGGAUGGUGCUGAGGCUACAGGAUCCGCCAUUCAUGAGUUAUGGUCGAGUCAUUUACUGUGUCAACAUCAUUUAUUGGUAUAUCCGCUUGCUGGACAUUUUUGGAGUCAACAAGUAUUUGGGUCCUUAUGUCAUGAUGAUAGGGAAGAUGAUGAUUGACAUGAUGUAUUUUGUCAUCAUUAUGCUGGUAGUUCUAAUGAGUUUUGGAGUGGCUCGUCAAGCAAUUUUACAUCCAAAUGAAGAUCCUUCUUGGGUUCUGGCAAAAAAUAUUUUUUACAUGCCUUACUGGAUGAUAUAUGGAGAAGUAUUUGCAGAUCAAAUAGACCCUCCAUGUGGGUUUAACAUUACCAAUGCUGAUGGCACAACUGAUGAGCUGCCACCCUGCAAAACAGGUGCAUGGAUUGUUCCAGCUAUCAUGGCAUGUUAUCUCUUGGUAGCAAAUAUUCUUUUGGUCAACCUCCUCAUAGCAGUAUUCAACAACACCUUUUUUGAAGUGAAGUCAAUAUCAAAUCAAGUGUGGAAGUUUCAGAGAUAUCAGCUUAUCAUGACAUUCCAUGAAAGGCCUGUCUUACCACCUCCACUCAUUAUCUUCAGUCACAUGACUAUGGUGUUCCAGCAUCUCUGCUGCCGCUGGCGGAAACAUGAUGACCAAGAGGAAAGAGAUUAUGGCCUGAAACUUGUCAUCACAGAGGAUGAGCUAAAGAAAGUGCAUGACUUUGAAGAACAAUGUAUUGAGGAAUACUUCAGAGAAAAGGAAGACCGCUUUAAUUCUUCCAAUGAUGAAAGAAUAAGAGUAACAUCUGAAAGAGUUGAAAAUAUGGCUAUGAGGCUGGAGGAAGUCAAUGAGCGGGAACAUUUUAUGAAGGCCUCGCUUCAGACUGUUGACAUCCGGCUUGCACAGAUGGAAGAGAUCAUUGGGCGCAUGGCACUUGCACUUGAUAAAGUAGCCGGUGUAGAAAAAGAAGUCAACAAGGUUAGAUCCAGGACCUCCUCUGACUGCACAGACACUGCCUACAUGCUGAGGCAGAGCAGUUUUAACAGCCAGGAAGGAAAUGCCUACAAAAUCCAGGAGGCUAUUGAGCAUACUGGUGAAGAGUCCAUGUCUCCAACAUCUCCUACUAUCAUGCCCCGAAUGAGAAGCCACUCGUUUUAUGCAAUCGGCACAAAGGAAAAAAAUGGCAUUGAUCGAAUUGAAGGUUUUUUUAAAGAGAGAUCUCUAAGUUUACAUCGAGCAAACAGUUCCCAGUCAAUAGCAGCUGCAAAAGAUAUAAAGCAGAUUCCCCUCCCCAUAAACACUCUAGUUGUUGGCCAUGAAUCCAGACGACCUUCAUCAUGUAUUGAUAUCUAUGUUUCAGCAUCAGAUGAGUCUCACCUUCUAGGUGAAACUGUGGGCAUCUCAUCAAAGGCACAAAUAAACAGAGAUCCUUCUUUACAUUCUGAGAUGAUAGCUGCUGUUCUGGCUGGUCAGACAUGCAGUACAUUAGGAGACACAUGUUCUGACAUGACUGGGGUUUUUGAGGAUAGCGCUGCAGUGGAUCUUUCUGCCUGCCUUUCUGGCACCUCUCAAGUUGCAGAUAUCCAACAGCAGUGGGAAUUAGAUCCUCCUCAGCACUUGGAACGUUCAAAAAGUAGCCGAUAUCUAGCUGCAGCACCACUCUACUUGGACGAUACCCCAAUGGUAAAAUCCCACAGCUUAAUGUUCACUCCUUCAAGAGGUUAUUAUGGUGGACUGGGGGUUCAGGUGAAAGCUGCAGAGUACACCAGUAUUACGGACUGUAUAGAUACACGGUGUGUGUCUACCUGUCAAACAAGUGCUGAACGCUCUGCUUCCCCUGGUGGCUCUUUCUGUGAGAAACCUGAUGAUAUGGGUAUUUCUCACCCCGAAAGGGAAGCAGAAUUGAGCCACCCUGGUUCUGAUAAUGAAGAAAUUGAAUGUGACCCAAAAAAACAGGUUCUUUUGGGCUGCCAAGGUCCCAGUCCACUUUCUAGACUGGAGCGGGCAAAUAGCUGCUCAGCAGAAAGUUCCCAUAUGAUGAAUGCUCACACAAGAAAAAGCUUCUCUAUUAGUGAUAAACUGGACAGGCAAAGGAACUUAAGAAAUCCUUUUCAGAGGAGCAAAUCUUCAAAACCAGAAGGAAAGAUGGACAGUUUGUCUAUGAGGAAGCUGACAAAGACAUCAGCAUUUCGCAGCUUUGAAAGUCGGCAGAAUUACACAUAAUGAAUACUGUUGUGUGUAACUAAAUUCACAGAUUCUGCACUACUGAAUGAAUUAGUUUGAAUUGCACCUUUCAGGUGUAUUAUUUCAUUGUGUUACAAAUUAUUUUUGUCUAUAUUCCUUCUUUUAUAGCAGGGAUAGACAAAAAUGAAUUGUAGUUGUUUUGGUUCCUUUCAUUUACAAAAUUGAAUGCCAUCAAACAUUUGACAGUACCUGCCAAUGAUGAAAAAGUCUAUUUUUUAUUUCUCAUUAGGACACUUUUUAACUUUAGAGUUUGUCUGUGAGAUGAUUUUUUUUUUGUUGAUAAAACAUAGACCAAUGUCCCAUUUUUCUUCCAUUCUAAACAUUUUUCAAAGCAAGUGUAGCAUUUUUUUUCAUGUAAUGCUAAUUGAUUAUUGCUGGGCCGUACAAUCUUGAUAACUUUGUUACCUACUGUAUGGAACUGUUCGGCCGGUAGCAUCUUUCAUUCUUGAUGGCCUUUUUAUGCAGAUACAGUACAUAGUUCAAGUUUUGAAUGCCAAAAAUAAUUUUAAAAAGCAUCUUUAUUAAAGAACAAAGUCUAACACUUAGACCCUGGAUGUUCCCAGACAGCUUUCUGAAGAAAUUACUUUCUUUCAAAAAAAAAAAAAAAA